AUGUUCGAUGGAGCACCAGACCAGUUCCACCAAUUCAUAGCACCAAGGACCACUCUUCCUCUCCACUUGUCCUUCCCUCUCCAUGCCUCUUCAACUCCCCCAACUACCUUCCUACCCUUUGAUCCCUAUAACCCUUCUCAAUCUCAACACCACUUGCCACUCCAAACCAAUCUCUUGCACCCAUUGCACCCCCCUUCUCCCACCCACAAACAUGAACAACAACGCAAGGUUGCUCCAAUCCACAACGUCCACAUUCAAACAGAUCAAACACAAUUACCAGACCUAACCGAUUCCUGGACCAACGAUGAAGUGCUUGCACUUUUGAGAAUCAGAUCUAGCAUGGAAAAUUGGUUCCCGGAGCUCACAUGGGACCAUGUCUCAAGGAAGCUAGCAGAGCUUGGGUUUAAGAAGAGUGCUGAGAAGUGCAAGGAGAAGUUUGAAGAUGAGAGUAGAUAUUUCGACAACAUUAACAACUUCGGCAAGAACAAUUACCGGUUCCUUAGCGAACUGGAGGAGCUUUGUCAAAACCCUGAUUCGAGUGGUGGUGGUGGUGACCGUGCAGGAGAUAAUGGAGUUGUGAGAAGUGAAAAGACCCUUCACCUUGGAGGAGACAACAUGGGCCACCAACAAUGUGAUGGAACAAGUGACAAGGUUGUGGUGGAAAAGUCAAAGGAGCGCAAGAGGAAGAGACGUGAUAGGUUCGAAAUGUUCAAGGGUUUUUGCGAGAGUGUUGUCAACAAGAUGAUGGCUCAACAAGAAGAGAUUCACAACAAGCUCCUCGAGGACAUGGUCAAAAGGGACCAAGAGAAGUUCGCCAGAGAGGAGGCGUGGAAGAAGCAAGAGAUGGAGAGGAUGAACAAGGAGCUUGAGAUCAUGGCACAGGAGCAAGUUAUUGCCGGAGAUAGACAUGCCACCAUAAUUGAGUUCUUAAAGAAAUGUGCAACAACUUCAUCAUCCCCUCCAAGCCAAAAUCCCAAGCACUACAACAAAGAUGGUUCAAGUCUUCCAAAUAGUUUAUUGCACUCGCAAAACCCUAAUAGUCCUUCCAGCGAAGACAACAAUCUCGAUCCAACACCAUCUCCUAAAAUGAUUCUGAAUCAUGAUCAAACCACAUUGGGAGCAGAAAACCCUAGCUCAAGUGACACAUUGUUACAAGUUCCUUCUUCCUCCAAUUCUUCUCCAACUCCCCACAACCCUAGUUCUUCGCUCAAUAGCCAUGAUAAUAUCAUUCCAUUGGAGUCAAAUUUAGUUUCCACACAUAAGGCAACCUCAAUAGCCACUAUAGUCAGCGCUGAGAAUUCGAAAGAGGAUGUUGGGAGAAGAUGGCCUAGGGAUGAAGUGUUAGCACUGAUAAACCUGAGGUGCACGAGUAUAAGUAACAACAACAAUGAAGAGAAAGAAGGAAACAAGGGUCCUCUGUGGGAGAGAAUCUCGCAAGGGAUGUCAGAGCUGGGUUACAAGAGAAGUGCAAAGAGGUGCAAAGAGAAGUGGGAGAACAUAAACAAGUACUUCAGAAAAACCAAGGAUGUUAACAAGAAAAGGUCCAUUAACUCUAGGACCUGUCCCUAUUUCCAUCAACUGAGUUGCUUGUAUGGUCAGGGAAAACUUGUGGCACAGUCUGAAAGUGAAGGGAACUACAUGAGUCCAACCGCUAAUUCCGGCCAACUGCCACCACCGGAUGAUGAUGAACAAGUUCAAGCUGAUGAGUCUUCUCAAGUGGGGUCUGGUAGUUUGGUUCAGUAUGCAUGUUAA